GGACUGAACCUCUGAAACUGAUGUGGUGCCAUAAGUUGUUGCACCUACAAAGCAGGCUCCAGAAUUUGAUGAAGAGAGGAGACAUAGGUCAAGCUCUUCAUCUGUCCAACUUUAAAAGUUUAUUUUCAUUAUCCAUCCAUUGGUGCCAUACAGCUUCCAAGUCUGUGAAUUGUACUUGGCACCAACGUGAAGAUCAUUUGGAACUGCAAUAUGCUAGCACUGUGAUGCGCUUUGAUUAUGUCUGGCUUCGAGACCACUGCCGCUCAGCAUCAUGCUAUAAUUCUAAGACUCACCAGCGGAGCCUGGACACUGCCAGUGUGGAUUUAUGUAUCAAACCAAAGACCAUUCGUCUUGAUAAAACCACACUCUUUUUUACUUGGCCAGAUGGUCAUGUGACUAGAUAUGAUCUGGAUUGGCUGGUGAAAAAUAGCUAUGAAGGGCAGAAACAAAAGGUUAUCCACCCUAGAAUAUUAUGGAAUGCUCAACUCUACCAGCAAGCCCAGGUUCCAUCUGUUGAUUUCCAGAGUUUCUUAGAAUCAAAUGAUGAACUGAAGAAGUUUCUGCAAAACUUUCUGCUAUAUGGAAUUGCAUUUGUAGAAAAUGUCCCUCCCACUCAAGAACACACAGAGAAGUUGGCGGAAAGGGUCAGUUUAAUCAGAGAAACCAUCUAUGGAAGGAUGUGGUAUUUCACUUCAGAUUUUUCCAGAGGUGACACUGCAUACACCAAGCUAGCUCUAGAUCGGCAUACUGACACUACCUACUUUCAAGAGCCCUGUGGCAUUCAAGUAUUUCAUUGUCUUAAACAUGAAGGAACAGGUGGCAGGACACUGUUAGUAGAUGGAUUCUAUGCAGCACAACAAGUACUUCAAAAAGCACCUAAGGAAUUUGAACUCCUCAGCAAAGUGCCAUUGAAACAUGAGUAUAUUGAAAAUGUUGGAGAAUGUCACAACCACAUGAUUGGGGUUGGGCCAGUCUUAAAUAUCUACCCAUGGAAUAAAGAGCUCUAUUUGAUCAGGUACAACAACUAUGACCGGGCUGUCAUCAACACCGUGCCUUAUGAUGUUGUUCAUCGUUGGUAUAUAGCACACCGAACCCUAACAACUGAGUUGAGAAGGCCUGAGAAUGAGCUCUGGGUCAAACUGAAGCCUGGAAAGGUACUAUUUAUAGACAAUUGGCGAGUCCUUCAUGGCAGGGAAUCAUUCACUGGUUACCGCCAACUCUGUGGCUGCUAUUUAACAAGAGAUGAUGUAUUGAACACUGCUCGUUUCUUGGGGCUUCAUGCUUAAAAUUGAAAGCACUGGGAUUAUGAGUACACUUAGUACCCUGCUACCAGAAUUUUGUAUCAACACAACAGUAUUGUAUAAAAUUUUGUUUCACAUUGUCUCCUUCCCAUUCCAUAAAACAGAAGCUUUUUCUUACUUUACUAGGAGAAACCUAUUAAAGAAAGGGGACUUCUGAGUUAUCUAAUGUCAGCCAUCUAGUAGGGUAGCUAUCUUGCCAAGUUAUAGUAUGAUCCUACUCUUUUCCUAAACUUUUUGAUGUAAUUAUAAACACUGUACUUAAGAAAUGUAUUUGCCAUACUAAAAGGAAAUCAAUAAUAUUAUGUAGUUUGUCUUCAGCUAAAUCAGAAUGCAAUGCAUUCUAGAAAUGAUAAAGUAUUGAUAAAGCAACAUAUGUAAAAAAUUUUUCAUCUUUUAUAAUUCAUUUGAUUAAUAAUAUGUGCUUACUUUUAUUUUGAAUAUAUCCUAUGAUAUUUUCCAGUUCCAAUUUCAGCAGAUGAUGGGAUAUUGCUUUUCUUUUUAAUGAAUAAACUGAAUAGUAUUCCAUUGUGCCACA